AUGUGGUCAACGACGACAAAUUCGAAAAUCUCUCAGAACGUGGGGCCGACGUCGCCACCGGAGACACCCAGGACCGCCUCGCCCGUUUUUGGCCGCAAGAGCAGUCCCCGGCCCGGGGAACGGCCGCCACCAAUUCCUCUGCGUCCAAUGGCGCCGCCAAUGUCGACCCGACAGGCGGUCAACGGACUGAACUUCGGCCACUCCACUGCGAUUCGUCCCGGACAACUUUCUCCCCGCUCUACUAGCUCAUCAUCUGCCCCGUCGUCGUCGUCAGAUUCGUCGGACUCGGAGGCUUCGGCGCCACGGAAUGCGACCAGUCACUCGCCUUCAGCGGCGUCAGAGCGGCCACCUGCGCCGGCCCCACCCGCGCCGGAAGCAAGGAUAGGCCGCAUUGUAACACAAGUCGAGUUUACCGAGUUCAUCGUCGAGGAGCUGAGCGACUUUGGCGACAGCGACGACGAGCGGCCUGGAGUGGUCCGGCCGUGCGCCAUUGAGUACGCCGAGUCGGACCGGAGCCGCUCGACCUCGCGGACUCGCCCCGAGAUUGACCAAAGAAUGAUGUUCAAUCUCGGAAACCUCAACUGCAGCGACUCAGACGAAACAGACCUGGAGGAGCAUGAAUACCAAGAAUUCUUGAUUAAGCGGCGCCUUGCGGCACGCCACAAACGAAUGACCUCGGGCAGCAUCGGCAAGCGGACCAUCAGCGAGAGCAUUGGCAGCGACACGGAUCGCGAGGAUAUCCGGUCCUUCUUGAACUCUGAGGAGGCCGGCUCCAGCGCACGCCGCCUGCGCCGAAGGGUCGGUGAUCGGCGGAGCCUGCAAUUCUCGGACCCUCCGCCGCCGAGGAUCGAGGAGCUCGACGAGCCCGGCUCGAGCGAGGAUGAGAUCCUGGCCGGCGAGUCACUGGCACGGGAACUUCCUUAUUAUGAAUACGUUAGCAUGGAGGUCGAUUCUCCAUCUCCAUGA